UUCAAGAACAUUGAGAAGUGAAGUACAAUUUAUUUUCAAAGGAAAGGAGGAAACAGAUUGGGAGUAUUUGAGCUGUCUCAGCGGCUUUCUGCCAGCACAGGUUCACGUGGCCUAUUUAUCUGCUCAUAUAUAGGGACAUCUCAUGUGACUCAGCUGUGGUUCCCUGUGGAUCUUCAUCCUUGGUGAUGAUGGAUUAUGAUAUUGGUAUUGUCAGUGAAGAAGCUGUGUGUAAAACAUUUUCAGCUUCCAGAAUGUCUCAAUGGUUCCCUACAAUCUCCUCCCGGAUCCACUGUGCUCUCUCUGCCAUGUGCGUUAGCCUCCUCAUCAUUAACAUCAUAGUCACCGUGAGCACCAGGCAGACAGAAGUGCAGUGCUCAAGCAACGGAGAGAAUAAUAAGAUCUCAGUGCCAGAUUCCAUGAGCACCCCCUGCCCAGAGGACUGGUCUCUGUUUUCUGGCAAAUGCUACUACUUCUCCAAUGUGCCUGUAUCCUGGGAGGAGGCAAAACACGCGUGUGAGAAGAAGAAAUCAAACUUGAUUGUGAUCAACAGCAAAAUAGAACAGGACUAUGCCGUGAAGAUCAGCUUGGGACAGUACACAUGGAUUGGACUCACUGAGAUUGACAAUGAAUGGAAAUGGGUGGACGGAACCCCCUAUAAUUCCAAACAAACGUACUGGAAAGAGGGGCAACCCAAUAACUGGUCUGGCCAUCUACUACCUGGAGGUGAAGACUGUGCCCAGAUCCAGUUUGGAGGCCAGUGGAAUGACGAGCACUGCAGCAAUCCAUGGCGGUACAUUUGUGAGAAGAAGUCAGAAGUAUAAUUCAUUGAUACAAAAAUAAAAAUGAGCUGAGACCUCACUGUCUGCCAAAGAUGUUUCCUAAUAAUUGGAAUAAAAACAUUUUGACUUUUA